AUGCCCUCGAUACGCUACAUUCACGGUCGUCGUCCCCACAUUGCCACUGGCAGUGUGGACUCCAGUUCAGACGACAGUCACUUCAUUGACUACGCCCACCCUGCCAGCCAACACUCAAAGGAUCUGCCUACCCUCUUCGACCAAGACAUCUGGCAAGGAGAUACGGAUACGGAUACGUAUACGCAAGUCGCUCCUUUCCCCUCCUCACCGCCCUCCUCUGCGAGCGGGGCCUCUGCGAGCGGUGCCACGCUCUCCUCCCCAGUGCUUGAACCGCGCUACAAGGACAUACAAGAUCAGCGCGACUCCGUUCGGUUGUGGGACCUCGCCGAUAAAAUCUUCGGUGAUUUGUUGGACUCAAUUGACUUCCCGCUCAUCUACGACCGUCACAUCCGCCGCCACCACAUAACAGAGCAAGACUGGCAAGAAACGAAGACGUACCUCGAACAACACACGUAUAUUGUACACUCCCUUUCGUUCUUUUACGAUCCGGUCAUGGCUACGCUCGACAUUUAUUCUCCCACGAGUUUGCACCAAAUUGUGAACGACUCGAUGGUGAACCGCUACACCGAAUCGGUCCAAGUCAAACAGCAUCAAGCUAUAUCGAUAGACGGGGCUCGAGGACUCAUAACCGACAACAUAGGGCAUACGCCCGACUCGGUGCUUUCGAUAUCCACCACUCGGCGCCUUCCAGACGGCGAUCUGAUCUACGUCGCGCGGGACACGGGUGUCACGGAGACAUCGUUCACCCAGAGUGUCGAUGACAUGGUGGGCCAGAUGGGUGUCUCCAUGGGCGUUAGCGAUCGACCGAUCCCCCUCCUAUUCACCGGCAUUAACAUCGACACCGAAGACUUCAUAGAGCCCGACGCUGAACAUGCGGCCCCCGACUCUGGCGGAUUCAUCAAGGGGGGCGGCGCGGCGAACGACGUCAUAUCCACCGGCUGGAAGCGCGGGGACCGAGUGCUCAUCAAGAGGGUAAAGGCACAGUGGUUUAUGUUCUUACCGGAGGAACGUGAGGACGUGGCGCGAUGUCUGAAAGAGUACCACAACGCGAGAGAUUGGGUAGUAUGGAAGUACGGCGUGCCCAUCCAGCAUCAUUACGAAGCGGGUUCAGAGGCGUUCAUAGCCCACGAUCAUGCGCUACGCAGGUACCGAGAGGCCAUCAUCAGAAUUCGCGCAGUCGCGCACAACCAGCGAGUUCUAGCCAUCCUUAUGGAGGCAGAACAGACGCGGGACAAGAGCGUUUUGAAUGAGCUGAAAGAAUCCGACGUUGCGGACGACCUCACCUUCGAUGAUCCACCGAUUCCUGAUCCCAUCCCGUCGUUUAUUCGAGACAUCCAGGUCGGCGUGCGACAGAAAGCUCAAGAUGAUUGGAGCAGGCACACCUACCGCGUGGAGACCAACAAUGCGGCCACGCUCAACGACGCAGAGGAGCGUUCGCAGUAUCGGCGGGUCAUGGAGACCCUCAAGCGCGUGCUCGACGACGAUGUGGCUGACGGGGAUGAGCAAGCCCUCGCGGACUUCAGGAAGAGGCAGCGCUUCAACACGCCGUCGCCGCCGCCGCCUCCAAAGCCGCGGCAGCCUCCCCGAUUGAAAGUUGAAGACUUCCCGGAGGAGGAGUUGUCGAGCUCUGAGCCCAGCGGCAGUGGCAGCUCUGCGAAGAGCUCGUUUGAGCAGCCGCGUGGCAUGGCGGAUGCUAAUGAGGUUGCCAAGAGAACAUUCCUAGAUUGGAUUUCUCAAGGCAGCAAGUUUGCCUUUGCGGCGGGAGGAGGCUCAGUGUACAUGCUCAUCCUGAUCGCCGUGCAGAACCUCAGAGUUCCUUUAGGAGCGGUGGAUGGCCAUUCAGCCCAGGAAAUAGGCAAUAUGCUGCGAUGGCCUGAUGACUCGCGAGCGGGACAUCUAGUGAAGGAGAUCAUCAUCCCUUCCAUAUCUAACUUGCACAGGCACUAUCCAACCAUGCUGGACGACCUUUUCCCUGUAUCCACCGUCAGAAUAGGAAGUCUUGAGGAGAAUGACGCAUAUUUUGAUGGUCUCAAAUCCAACACGUUCAGCCUUGUUCCGAGGCUGAAGAGCGUGUGGCAGUCGUAUGGCCAAGGCGUUUUGCGAGCUGCCUCUCCUAUUCAGCAACCAUCUCGACUGUCGCCACUAUCACAGUCCCUGAAUCCUCUAUCUCUAUCACCAUUGACCCCAGUAAUGACAUUGUCGCAGCUAUCGUCGCAGCUAUCGUCACCGCUAUCGUCGCAGCUAUCGUCACCGCUAUCAUCGCCGCACUGGUUGCCUCAUUCUUCGCCUCAGUCAACUUUCGAAGCGACGGUGCCGACGCCGCCUAUCCCUGUCAUCAUCACGUCUUAUGACCCUGAAAAGAAGAACAACCUACGAUACCCGGCUCCUCGUGACAAAGCCCAAAACAUUGCCUGGACAGAGACAGCUCGUUCAUGGGCUCGUAAAGCAAUCGUGCCCGUCAGUAUUGAAGACCUUCAGUCUCAGCUUCAGGAACGUACAAGGAUGGGGAGAGAAUUAGCCAAGAUGCAUUUGUUCGUGUUCCCAUGA